AUGGAGGACGAUCGCGAGAAACCCUACUCUGUUCUAACGAGAGACGAAGCUAGAGAAAACAUGAAGAAACAGAUCGACGAGAUCUCCGAAAUCUUCAUGGUUUCGAAAUCCGAUGCGACCGUGCUCCUCAUGAAUCUCCAAUGGGACUCGGUUAGGGUUUCGGAGCGUUUGAGCGACGGCAAGGAGAAACUGUUGGCGGAAUCAGGUUUGACACAAGUUGUAGCCGAUUCGAUCCGAGAUCUAGCUGAUUCGUCUUGCGAUAUGUUUUAUGAGUUCGAUGAUGAUGUUGGCGAUGAUGAUGAUCUAGUCUCCACGCCCUUAUGCCUUCACAAGUUCCCCACAACAUAUUGGAGAGAGUAUCUCGAUAAGAACUUCUACUCUGUGGGUGAAAGCAAAACUGUAACCGUCUCUUGCCCUAAUCAAGAUUGCCGAGCUGCAGUUGGACCGGAGACGAUCGAGAAGCUAACGGCGCGUGAUCAAGAAGCGUACGAGGGUUACGUUCUGAGGUCUUACCUUGAGAGGACCAAGAACAAGAUCAUCAAGCAGUGUUCUGCACCGGGCUGCGACUUCCUCAUCGAGUUUAACCGGUGGAAGGAUCAUGACGAGCCUGGCUUAAACGUGGUGUGUCUCUGCGGUCACACCUUCUGCUGGAGCUGCGGGAUCGAGUCGCACAUACCUGUGACCUGCAACAACGCGUCUGAUUGGUUGGUUACAGAGAUGAAGAAGUUGAAAGAUGAAUCAAGCAGCCUAGAUUGGAUCGACAGCAACACGAAGCCUUGCCCUUUCUGCCUUGCUCCUGUGGAUUUCGGAGGCUACAAUGGCAGCCGGUUCGUGACUUGCGGCUGCGGUGGUCGGUUCUGUUGGAAGUGUUUGAGGUCAGAGGAAUCACACAGAGGAGCUCAUGUGUACUUCGGACCCUGCGUUGCACCGGAGGUACCAGUAGCCGGACUGAGAGAAGAAGUGGACAGUACGUGUCUUGAUCGAUGGGAAGCGGCUCAGGUUUCAUUGGAGGAAGCUAAGUCCAAGCUGCGAGCUUUCGAGGACUUGCACAUGAAGAAACCUGCUUGCAUCUGGACCGAGGAGUACGUAAAGACUAUGAGAGAAGGACUGAUGCUGGUUGUCCAAUCAACACAAGUCAUCAAGUGGAGCUGCGUGUACGACCAUCUCUUCACAGAGUACGAGAAGUCGAAGAGGGUGUACCUGAGAUCGCUGCAAGAUUAUGCAACCACCCUUGUCAAAGGUUUCGCUGAAACUUUGAAGGAGGAAACAUUGAAAUCCCUCUCUUCUUCUGACGACACUCCUUCUUUGAAGGAGAGUCUUUCGACUGUGGUUUUUGCGACGAGGAACAUUGGUAACUACUUCUAUCACUUUGUCAAGUCUCUGCAAGAUGGUUUGGUUGACGUGAAGGUCAAGUCAUACGACGACUUUGGUGGCUGCCGCUGGUUCUGCGAUCGCUGCACGUAUGGAAACAGUUGGUUCGUUAAGAAGUGUGAGAUGUGCGUUGAUCCUACUGCUUCUCCCGAGAAGGACGAGAUGGUGGAUUGCUUUGUUCCCGCUUCUGCGUCUCGCGUGAAGGACGAAAUGGUGGAUUGCUUUGAUGUUGCAGCUGAUGCGUCUCGCGUGAAGGACGAAAUGGUGGAUUCCUUUGAUGCUGUUACGUUUGCCGAGAAGGUGGAGAAUUUCUUUGAUGAUGAUGCCUCUUUCGAGAAGGACGAUAUGGAUGACGUUGAUGAUGUUCCUGGAUCUCCCGAGAAGAUAUAUAUUACUCAGUUUCCUUGA